AGAGGGUGCCCCCCGGAGCAGAAAUGCUGCUUCACCGGCUGCGGCCUCGGCUGCGUGACGCCGCUGGGGAGCGGCAGCAGCGACUUCGCCCCCCCCGGGGAGGUGGACUGGAGCCUCAGCCAGGCGGAGGAGACGCACCGAGGGGAGCCACAGAAGCCGGGGACGUGCCCCCAGGACUUCAGGCACUGCCUCCGCCUGGAGCCCCCCCUGUGCACCAACGACUCGCUGUGUCCCGGCUGGCACAAGUGCUGCCCCCAUGGGUGCCGGCUGCGCUGCACCCCUCCUGCAGAAGGGCGCGGUGCCGCAGACACGUGUCACCUCCCUGCCGUGCCGGGACCCUGCGGUGGCCGCGAGCUGCGCUUCUUCUACAACGUCACCUCCGGGCGCUGCGGGACGUUCCCCUACGGCGGCUGCGGGGGCAACCCCAACAACUUCAGGACGCGGGCAGCAGUGCCACCAGGCGUGCCUGGGACACGAGAAACCCAAACCUGGGGAGUGCCCGGCGGGGCUGCCGGGGCUGCUGGGGCCGUGCCAGGAGGAGUGCGGAGGUGACAGCGACUGCCCCGGCUCACAGAAGUGCUGCAACAGCAGCUGCGGGAACCAGUGCCUGCCCCCAGCCCCGGCCAGGAAGGCCGGCUUCUGCCCGGCCAGCGCGGGGCUGUUCCCCAGCUACGACUGCAGGGAGUGGUGCCAGCGAGACGCCGACUGCCCCGGCGAGGAGAAGUGCUGCCUGCGUGGCUGUGACUCCGUGUGCCUGCGCCCAGCCCGAGAGAAGCCGGGGAUCUGCCCCCUGACCGAGGCGGCACCGUGGACCCAGGCCCCGUGCCAGGCCUCCUGUGCAGAGGACGGGCAGUGCCCGGGGGAUGAGAAGUGCUGCAGCAGCCGCCGAUGUGGCCGGGUCUGCCUGGCUCCUGAACGAGGUGAGGGGACGGCCACGGGGCCGGGUGCGGGGCCCAGGCUCUGCCCAGCCCCUGCAGCACUCGGGGAGCCUGGGCCCAGCUCGGACCUCCCCAGGGCACGGUGUGUGGGGCUGCGGCCAUCGGAGGGGCCCCACGGCGCCGGGACAGCGACGCCUGUAGCCCGGUCCCCAUGGGAGAGCUUCCCGUGGCUCCGCUGCCCCCUUCCCACCUCUCUUUCAGACAAACCCGGCCAGUGCCCGAAGGUGAGGCCACGGCAGGCACCGGAGCCGUGCACAGAGGAGGACGCCUGUGGCCACGACAGGGACUGUCCCCGGCAGGAGAAAUGCUGCUUCGGCGGCUGCGCCAUGCGCUGCACGCGCCCUGCCAGGGAGCACCCCGGGGAGUGCCCCCGGGCUGAGCCGUGCGGGGACCCUCGGCACAGGCACAGGAGCCAGUGCCUGGAUGACAGCGCCUGCCGGCGGGACGAGAAGUGCUGCAGCUCCGGCUGCGCCUGGGCGUGCGUGGCCGUGGCCGUGCCCGGAGAGAGCCAGGACGGAGCCCCCGGGCAGUGCGUGCAGGAGUGUGACACCGACCUGCAGUGCCCCCAGGGGCAGAGGUGCACCAGCACCGGCUGUGGCCGUGUCUGCGGGGACGUCCCUGGAGCGGGUUCCUGACAGUGAGGAGGCUGCGGUGCAGGUGCCGUCACCAGGAGGCACAGCGGGACAUCGGCCCCGGGGGGAGGCAGAAAGGGCCACAGCCCUGGGGGGCCCAGCUCAGUGUCACCGUGGGGGCAGCAAGAGCCAGCUCCGGG